AUGAUACGUCAGAAAGAGCACAAUCGAGAGACAGGCGCCAUGAUCGUGCUCAGAGUUCCGGCCGGGGGCGAGAUCAGAGCCAUUUUUCUAAUCAUGAGCAGAGGGGGCGCAGUGCUCCCCCAGCCUCAGAUCUUCAUCCCAGGGGGUCCAGCCAAUUCAAGGAUGUUGAUUCUCGGCGAGGAGACCAUCAAGCUGCGAACGAUGGCAUGCAAAGCGGAGGGUCCGACCCGCAGCCCGCGUCCGCUUCCCUGCCCACCCCCCCAAGUCCAGGUGGAGUGUCCCCACCGCAGCAGUGCCGCAUCUCCGCAGCGGGAAGCCCUGUGCGAGGUGUCAGUGAAUGCCCAACAGCCCUCGCCGAGUGCCACGCCGCGUUUAAAGGCAGCAAAAGCAGCGGGAGACGCCCUCAAGGACCUGCCAGCGGGUGGUCAUGCUGACGACGCCAGAAGCAAAGCAGAGGGCACGGCAGAGGAAAGAGGGGAGAUCGGGAAGGUCGGCAAUCCGGUGACGGGCGACCAGAACGGCAUGGCGGGUGGAGAGGGAGACGGACGCGAGGGAGUCGUCAUUGCUGACGUCAGCAACCGGAGGGAGGUGCCGCCCAUCGAGCAGCUGCUGCACAACGACACUGCCAGCGCAUAUGAAAACCCGCUUUGUCGGAACGAGUACAGAAAUUCCCAGAUUGAGAGCUGCCCGCAGAACGGGGUGUCACCGGCGGGGCAGGGGGGCGUGCAAGUGGGGCCAGGAGAGACGAGGCGGGCGAGCGUUGCUGCUUCGAAGCGCGGCAGAGACUGGUCGGAGGGCAACACAGGGACCGGUACAAAGAAAAGGAGCAUGGGAGGAGGGCGCUGGAGCACGACGGAGGAGCAGCCGGGCGACGCGGCAGCUGGCGAUAUCCCCGACUGCCUUCAUGGCCAGCCUCCGGCUCUGCCCAACUGCACAACGAACACAGCCACCGAGGCCCCUCCUGCUUCCGCUGCGUCGAACCCUGGGAGUCUCCCUCAGGCCCCUUCCCCUCUCCCAGAAGCCCCAGCCCUCUCCCCGGAUCUGGUCUUCGAAACCGGCCCGCUGCUCCGGCCCGCACAAACUAAACGCCGCCGAUCCAAACCCUCGCCCGUGAAAGCCCCCGUCGGUCUGCUGUUGGACAACGGAACUGCCGCGGGUGAGCAGGCUCCUGCCCGCGUGACGUCAGUCGGUGGUGCCGCGAAGGGAGUGCUUAAGGAGAGCGACUCCAGGGGG